CAGUCCCCGUUGCCAGGAGGCGAGAUCUGGACACAAUGGGGUCUGGCAGUCGGGCUGGGCAGGGGCGGGAAUCCAGGCACCCCACCUUGCCUUCCCGGCCGGGAGCCACAAAAACAGGUUAGUGCAUCAACUUUGGGGCCCCCUCCGGGCACUGGGGCUCCGACCCCGCCCCCUCACCUUGGUGUCCUCGACGCCAUGCCCCUAAAACAUCCCGGCGCCCCAAAACCCCAGGGAAUUCCUUUCCCGCAGGAUUGAGACCAAACUUUGCGCGCUCACACACCCCUACUGGACUCGUUCUGGGGGCCGGGGCGAGAGCUAGGCCUCCCCCGCCCGCCCCCAGCAGGGCCGGGAAAGCUCGGGUGUGUUUCCCCGGCUCCUGGGAUACGGGAUGGGCCCCGCCCCCGGAUCGCGAGAAGAGGCAGCGGUGGGUGGAGGGGCCGGGGCCGCCACCUUCUGUCCACAGGUACCGCAGGCCGUGAGCGCACCCCACCCCUGCGCGCUAUGGGCUCGGACGUCUGGGUCGGCCCUUGGCGGCCCCACCGGCCCCGCGGCCCCAUCGCAGCGCUCUACAGAGGCCCGGGGCCCAAAUACAUGCUGCCACCGAACACCGGUACCGGCGUCGGGCGGGUGUAGACAGACGGGGCCAGCGAGGCUACGUCCUGCACGACCCGUCGCGGCCCCGCGCCCCCGCCUUCUCCUUCGGCGCGCGCCUGCCCACGCAGCAGACUUCCUGCGGCCCGGGGCCCGGCCACCUGGUUCCUGCACACAUAACCGUGCGCGGCCGCGACGGCACCCCCGCCUACUCCAUCUACGGCCGCCCCCGCCACGCAGCGCCCCUCCUCACUCCCGGACCGGGUCAGGACCCCUGGGACCCCGGUCUCCCCAACGCCGCGCCGCCUCCAGAAAGGCCCGCCCGGGAAUCCCCCGCCUGAGCCCCGAGCCGCCCUCGCGUACCCUACUACUCCAAACUCGCUACCCCCGUACCCGCAUCUCGGAAGAACUCCAAGCCCCACCAGGCUUUGACAAAUCGUGGCUCGGAGUCACCCUAACCUCAGGCCCCCAACCCGGGACCCCACCACGCCCCCAACCCGGUUCCGGCCCACACCCCCGGUCCGCCCCGCAGGCAGGUACUUCCCCGAGCGAGCCGGGAACGCGACGUACGCCAGUGCGCCUCGGCACACCAUCGCUCCCCGAAACUGGGGCGCCCACGCGAAGCAGCAGACACCAGGCCCUGCGACCUACACUGUGCCCUCGCUCUUGGGUCCGCGCGUCAUCAGUAAAGUCUCGGCCCCAACUUACUCCCUCUACGGCCGCAGCGCAGUGGGCAGUUUCUUCGAGGACCUCAGCAAGGUGGGGCGGGGCUGCCAGGCGGGCUUGUAGCGAGGGGUCGGCGGGGCGGGCCACAGGGGGCACGAAGCAGGAGGUGAGGGCCAGUGGCCAGCGGGGAGUGGAGGCCGGACCCAGCGCCCCUGCCGCCCUCCCACAGACCCCGGGCCCCUGCGCCUACCACGCGGUGAACACUGGGAUCUACAAGUCUCGGGCCCCCCAGUUCUCCAUGCUGGCGCGGACUUCGCUCCCCCAAGAUAACACCCUGAAUCCCGGGCCCGCAGCCUACAACGUGGACCAGGUGGCCUGGAAGCCCGGGCCCAGGGUCAGAGGCGGGGGAGGAGGGUCCGGGUCCUGGGGGACCCCGCGCGGCGGCCGGACGGCUGGCCCCCGCGGGGUCACCCUGAAUCCUGGUCCCGCAGCCCCGGAAACCCCGCGGCUGGAGCUUCGGGAUCCGGCACUCGGACUACGUGGCUCGGGUCCCGACCAAGGCGGACGACUGACCGGCCGGGAGGGCCCGACGGACGUUUGCUUAAAGCUUCCCGAACCAGCAGCGUGUCCGCCCCUCUGUGUUCGCGGCGGGCGCGCGGGGCGGGGAGCGUGCGCGUCGGGACGCUCGUGCCCACGGGCCCCAGACCCUCGCGCGCCCACGGGCCCCAGACCCUCGCGCGCCCACGGGCCCGCAGGCCUGGGAAGUCCCGGAAGUCGCGCGGCCGCGGGCCUUCGUGAUUGGCCGGGGCAGACGACAGCCAUUGGCCCAGAGUCCCGCCUGUCUAGGCGGCACCGCCCACCCGCCGUCUUCCUGAGGCCCCGGGCCGGGCGGGGCGAAUCGAAAGCAGGGCGGGCGACGGCCACUGUCCGGGACAGGUCCAGGCCGGGGUCAAGUUGGGAGGCCGAGAAGUGGGAGCCAGACACGGAGACAGGCACUUGGGCAACACAGACACGGGACAGGGAGAAACCGGAUCCCGUCGGGAAAAGUGCACCUGCCGCAGAGACACGGAUGCAGGACGGUGGCACGUGCCGGCUGUCUCGCACCCCGCAGGCCGGGAGCGAUGGGGCCACAGGGAGUCGGGGCCCUCCGGGCCCCCCGCCAGACCCCGGGCAACUCCCGGAGCUGCUCCGCCUGAACGAGACAGGCCGCCUCAACCAGGGGGCCAUCUGCGGCUUGGUGCGCGCUGUGGACUGGAGCGCGAAGGGCGCGCAAAUUGGUGCGUGGGAAAUUCUGGACGCCUCUGACCCCAAGAUCAGCCCCAGAGACCGCCUGCCCCUGGGGCCCCACCACUGUCAGUGACCCCAGGAUAACCCACCGCUUUGGGUUGAUUACACCACAGUAUCCUAUGCCUCCGGGCGAUGCUAAUGGCCGUGCCACUGCAAGGCAUGGGUCUGGAGAAAACAGUGGCACUGACCCAGGCCCUGGCCAA